UUUAUCGGCUGUCGAUCGCUGAUUUUAUCACUCUUUUCGGUAGAAACAGCUCCUUUCGUUGCAUUUUUCGGAAGUUACAGCAUUUAAUUUUGGACCUGCAAUCGAAGGAAGUUAAAAACCCUGCAAAAUUCGUGCUACAAGAGGAAAAAUCGAGCAAAAUUUGAGCCGACAGCCCAUCCCAACAAAAACAUCAUCAUUUUUUUUUAUCAAAUUUCAGUACAGAGUUCUGAGUUAUUGAGAAGCAAGCCGAUCGUCGUCGUAUAAUCAGUUCCAAUUAAUUGCAAUUAACUGCGGGUCUCGAUCUCGACUAUUCUGAUUCUCCCUCCGAUAUCAAAAAAAAAAAAAAAGUUACAUAUGACGUCGUACACGACACAUAAAAAUAAUAAUAUGUUAAUGAUACGACGAAACUGAGAAGGAAUUUGGAUAGUUUUUCGUACACACACUCACAAAUAAUUAAAUUUGUAUUGUUUGUUACUUUGCGCUGGAGAAUGUCACGCUUAGCCGAUUAUUUCGUUGUGGUUGGAUACGAUCAUGAAAAGGAGAGAAGCGGAACUCGUUGCGGCAAAAUUCUCCAAAGAUUUCCCGAGAAAGAUUGGCCUGAUACUCCCUUCAUCGAAGGCAUUGAAUGGUUUUGUCAACCUCAGGGAUGGGCUUUGUCGACAGAAAAGCAAGAACCGCAAUUUUUCGUCUCUGUGCUGACAGAUAUCGAUGCCCAGCAUCACUAUUGUGCCUGUUUAUGCUUUAACGAAACAGUUGCCAUCACGCCAAGCAAGCCUGUCGAUGACGAAGAAGAGAGUUUGGGCAUCGGAAGUACGGGAAAUGCUCUGAUAUUAUCAGGCCCGCCCGCAAUUUUGCAUCAUAGUGUCAUGUAUGCGCCAAAAUGUCUUGUUCUCGUGUCACGCUUGAACUACAUCGAGACUUUUAGAAAUUGUCUCGGAACGAUAUUUACAGUGUACACGGAAUCGUUGCCAUAUGCAUUGGAGAGUUUGAUUGGAAAUAUUUUGGGAUGCAUUCAAAUUCCGCCGCCCGGAGGCCCGCAAGUGCGUUUUUCGAUUGGAGCGGGAGAUAAACAGGCACUUCAACCGCCGUUAUCAGCAACACUUCCCGUGACGGGAUCAUGCGUGCAUGGAUUAUUCCAACAAUUGGGCAUAAAAAAUGUUUUGUUGCUCUUUUGUGCCGUGAUGACGGAAUCAAAAGUCUUGUUGCAUAGCAGUAGUUACAGCCGACUAACGGAUGGUUGUCAUGCACUUACUUCCCUUAUGUAUCCUUUCCGUUUCAGUCACGUUUACAUUCCCAUCUUGCCGGCAUCCCUCAUCGAAGUCCUUUCAACCCCCACGCCCUUCAUCAUGGGCGUUCACAGCAGUUUGCAGCCCGAAAUAAACGACGUGCUCGACGUCAUUAUCGCCGAUUUGGAUGGCGGUUCAAUUGGCAUUCCCGAAUCUCUUGUACCUCCGUUGGCAAUUCUUCCGCCUGCGCUAUGGAAAUCCACGCAAGAAGCCCUGCAACACGUUCUGCAACCCGAAUUAGCCCAAGCUGACAUGGCAUUUGCCGUACAAAGUCCCGCCUCCUCAUCAAAAACCGCCGCCAUCCUCGACAAGGAAAUUCGUGCCGUAUUUAUGCGUCUCUUUGCUCAACUCCUGCAAGGAUACCGCAGUUGUCUCACCCUCAUCCGAAUUUACCCAAAACCCGUGAUAAAAUUUCACAAAGCGGGAUUUUUGGGGGCACGCGAAAUGAUAGACUGUGAUUUUUUAUCGAGAUUAUUAGACAGUAUGUUCUUUUCGGAGUUCGUGUCAGAACGAGGACCUCCGUGGCGUUCCUGCGAUGCAUGGGACGAACUUUACAGCUCGAUGAACGAAUUGCUAAAAUCCGAAUCUCAGGACCCGAAAUUGAUAUUACCUCAUAUUCAGGAGUUGGGUUUGCAACUUUACGCGAACGAAAAUCCCAAUCCGACAAUUUAUCCGCAAAAAAUCCUGAGACCGCCUGAUGGAGCGAACGCGAGAUUGCAUCAACCUGCCAUGCCGCAAAUUGAUGCGACGCAAGUUCAGCGAAUUAUCGAUGAAGGACUCGCGCGAAAUGAUUUACAAACGCGAAUGCAAUCUUUUAGCAAGACGCCGCCCCGAAUCGUGCCAAUGGGAUGUCACUUGCAAUCGAUUUCCGAUGGAAGACCUGUCGUUAACAACACGGCACGACGCUUAGAAGUGCUUAAAACGUGCGUUAAUUGCAUUUUCGAGAACAAAAUUGCGGAUGCACGAAAAAGUUUUCCCGCCGUGAUGCGAAUUUUGAAGCAACGUGAUGCCCGGCUGACGUUAUGUCGUGAAUUAGAUAAAAAUGUGCAAGGCAACAAAGCUGUUUUAGACAAUCAACAGUUCGAUUUAGUCGUGAAACUCAUGAAUCGUGCGUUGCAAGACGACUCUUCGUUAGACGAACAUGGCGUAGCUGCCGCUUUACUCCCAUUAUCGGCUGCAUUUUGUCGAAAACUCUGCACGGGAGUCAUCCAAUUCGCCUAUAGUUGCAUUCAGGACCACCCGGUAUGGAAAAAUCAGCAAUUUUGGGAGAUGGCAUUUUAUCAAGACGUUCAAACACAAAUAAAACAAUUUUAUUUGCAUCGAAAUCAGGAAGAAUCGAACAAUUAUCGCACAAAUUUGUCAUGGGCGGGCGAAAAUUCGUAUGGUUCGACCCUUUCGAUGAAGGAAAAAAAGGAUUUUCGUACCUCCCUGAUGCCCCGAAUCCACGAACCAUCAGCUUUGGAAAUUGCCGCGGAGCAAUUACGCUUGUGGCCUUCGUUGGAUGAAGCAAAACGCAAAGAACUCAUCGAUUCUGAGGAAAAAACGGUUUUUAGUCAGGCAACGCAUUACGCGAAUCGAAUGGUUUUCCUCAUGUUACCUUUAGAUAUCAACCUGAACGUGCGAGUGCCGAAAAUUAAUGCUCAUGUCGACGACGACAGCAUCUCGAAUAGCGUAAUUGAGUCGCGGAGUCAAAGCGGGCACUCUGACGAGGGUUUUGAGGAAAGUGAUCCGAGCGAAGUUGGCAAUCAAGUCAUCAAAACUGUCUGUAAAUUCAUCGAUCGCAUCUGUACGGAGGGAAAUGUGACCUUGGAUCAUAUCAAAAGUCUUCAUAGGAUCGUUCCGGAUUUGGUUCACAUGCAAAUUGAGACACUCGAAGCCGUGAAUCGCGAAUCGAAACGCAUUCCGCCGAUUCAGAAGCCGAAAAUUCAGCGUCCCAUGCUGUUAUCGGGCGAAGAAAUCAUCGGAGAUCCGCUCCGGAGUUACUUGCUGUCAGACGGGCGUGAAGAAACGAUCGAAGGAAGUAAUUUAUUUCCGGCGGAAGGAGCGUUGUUUCUCACAAACUAUCGUGUUAUCUUCAAGGGAACGCCGUGUGAUGCUCUCGCAUGUGAACAUAGCAUCGUUCGAGCUUUUCCCAUCUCAUCUUUGACCAAAGAAAAACGAAUUUCCGUUUUGUACUUGAAACAUCUCGAACAAGUGUUGCCGGAAGGGAUGCAAUUGCGCUCCUGCACCUUCCAACUGAUAAAAGUCGCGUUUGAUGAGGAAGUCACGCCCGAAUAUAUCGAAAUGUUCCGCAAACAAAUCCAAAAAAUCCGACAUCCAAUCGACGAAUUCGGGUAUUUUGCUUUUGCGAGUCACGGAAUUGUCCUUCAGACCCCCAUGCACAAAGGGGGCAAAGAGAAAAACGCAACUUUGCGAGGUUUGGCGAAACGAACUCUCAUGCGAACAGCGAAAAAGGCGGGAUUUAACAAAAAAGCCAAAACUCGAAAGUAUAUUUUCUCCGAAGUAGACAUUGAUGAAAAUGCUCAAGCCAAUGAUAAUGAAGAUGAGGAUCUCUCCGACGAUAUGGCAGAUACGAUACCGCGACAUGUGACUGUAAAAGAUGUUGAACGGCUCAAAGAGCGGGGUUAUGUUAAAGAUUGGCUUCGUUUAGGAUUGGGAGAUGUUCAGUCGGGAUAUCGGAUAACGACGUCAAAUUGUAAUUACAGUCUUUCGCGCACAUAUCCGGCGAUUUUGGUUUGUCCGAAGGAAGUUAAUGAUGAAAGUGUGAGGAAUCUCGCGAAAUGUUACAAAAAUCAACGAAUUCCAGUGCCAACGUGGCGGCAUCAAAAUGGAGCUGUGUUAUUGAGAGGAGCAGUGCCGUUAGCAAAAGGCGUGAUUGGGAUGUUUAAAGGACAUCCGAGUUCGACGACGACUUCUGUGGAUGGCACGAGUUUUCAGGAACAAGACAGAUACUUUGUUCAAGUAAUCCGAACGACGCCGCAAGCAAAAAGCCUUCGUCACGCAUGGGGCUUAUCCGAUUCUAACGUAUCGAUUGACUCAUUAGCGAUGGCUGUCACGAGUAUGCGAAGCCCAAACUCCUCCGGAAUGUCAGCUAUCACGCCAGAUUCGAAUCGUCGCUCGAAUGUCGUCAGUAUGUACGGCGCCCCAUCAUCCGGAAACUCCUCAUUUUCAACUUUUGGCAGAGCUUCCCAAAGCAAAGGCAAAUGGAAUUCCCUCAAACCGAGUCCAGCUCCUUUGCGCGACGUGAAUUCGUACGAAAAUAAUCAACAAUACACGAUAAAUCGCGUCCCAUUGUACUUCCUCGGAGAAAAAUCUCACUCGAAAUCGGCAAAAUUGUCGGAAAUGUACGCAGAAUUCAUUCCCGUUGACUACACGGAUGUGCGACAUUCGCGAUUGGCAUUUAAAAAACUCAUGAGAGCGUGUUUGCCGUCAGUGACGAACACGGAACCGGAUCAAACGUUUGCGAAACUCGUCGAACAAUCGGAAUGGCUGCAACAAAUUCGUGGAUUGCUCCAAUUGUCGGGAGCGAUCGUCGAUUUGAUGGAUUUGCAAGAGUCGAGUGUUUGUUUAGCACUUGAGGAUGGAUGUGAUGUCACGGCGCAAUUAACGUCGCUUGCUCAAUUGUGUCUGGAUCCGUAUUAUAGGACGAUAGAAGGUUUCCGCGUGCUAAUUGAGAAAGAAUGGCUCGCUUUUGGUCACAGAUUUGGUCAUCGAAGCAAUUUAAAGCCCGCCAGUAGUCGUUCAGGAUCUCCGUUUGCGCCAACUUUCUUGCAAUUUCUCGAUGCUGUGUACCAAAUUCAUCUCCAAUUCCCGCUGGCAUUCGAAUUUAACGAAUUUUAUCUCCGUUUCUUGGCAUAUCACUCGGUUUCAUGUCGUUUUCGUACUUUUCUCUUCGAUUGCGAGCUCGAACGUGUCGAUAUUGGCAUCAUGACAGUCGAAGACAAACGCGGCUCCUUAAAUUCUCAUCAUAAAACUGUCGUUGAUACCGGCGCAGGGUCCGACGACGACAAUAUCUACCCCGGAGGACCUCGAACCACAAAUACAUCCGCUCAAAAACUCGGCGCCUCCGUUUUUGACUACAUCGAACGACAAAACACGAAAUCGCCGAUGUUUUUCAACUUCAUGUACACGCCAGAUCCGGAUCGGUUGGUGCUGAGACCUCAAAGUGCGCUUUCGAUGUUGGAAGUUUGGCCAUUUUACACGAAUGAGGAACUCGCGCAAGGACCUCCGUAUGAUCCAGAAGUACUUUCGCACGACAUGUACGACGACGAUGACGGCGAUUAUCAAGGAAGUUCGGGAGAAAAUACGGGAAAGAGGAAAGUUGUCAUGGUUGGGUAUGAUAGUUUGGAUAAAUGUGACCCCGAUGCAUUUAGUAUGUUGAUGGAGAAUUUGAAACAAGCGGAAUCCGAGAGAAAUCUCUUGCCACAGAAAUGGAGACAAGUUUGGGAUAAACUUGAAUUACCGCAUUCGGAUUCGCUGACGAGACAUGCUUCGUUUUCGAGUGCUUUGGUUAAAAGUCACAGUCGAUUGCAACAUAAGAGAUCUACUUUGGAAAUCAUCAUGCGUGGAAGACUGUCUGGCGUGCAUCAAGAAAGUUUUUCACAUCCGCAUCGCUUCGAAAAACAUGCAUUUACGACGCCAACACAUUGUAACCAUUGCAGUAGUCUCUUAUGGGGUCCUGUGAGAAACGGUUUAAGAUGUAUGGACUGCGGCAAUUCAUAUCAUGAAAAAUGCGCGGAUUCUGUUCCAAAGAAUUGCACCAAAUACAAAGCUGUCGAAGGUCCUCAACAAACACUGACACGAAAUCAAGGCGAUAACGGAAGUGUUGCUUCGAGCGCUAAUACUGCUGGACAAACGUCGAAUCAGGACAUUUACAACAAAUUUGGAAGUGAUGUCGCUGAAAAUAAAACUCAUGAAGGAUAUUUGUACAAGAGAGGCGCUUUAUUGAAAGGUUGGAAACAAAGAUGGUUCGUUUUGGAUUCAAUCAAACAUCAAAUUCGUUAUUUUGACAACAUGGAGGACAGUAAUCCGAAAGGAUUUAUCGGUAAAUUUCUUUAA